CAAGAUGGGUGAGGCAGAAUAGGUGGCGCCUUACCCGCCAUCCUACAUACAUAUAACGUUUCGUUUCAACUCUCUUUACAUGUUGUUGUCUACUUCUCUUUUCUCGUGCAACUACACAAAUUCCCCCAACUAAAGUCUUUCUAGAGAGUAAGUUGAGAAGAGCAAUGGCAUUCCAGUUGGUUCUUAGACCUGCAGUACUAGGUGGUCGUUUAGUCAAGGCUACUCCCCUCGUUGCCAAUGGAUAUAGUAGCAGCACCUUACGUAUUCGGAAUUGCCUUACGAUGGAUCCUCUGAAAUCUCAAAAGUUAGUGCUGGAUGUAAAGGAGAGACUUGAAAGGGAAUAUACAGAUCUCCCAGUUGGAAGAAAUGGAAGAGAUGACGAGGAGAUGAUUCUGUGGUUCCUGAAGGAUCGCAAAUACUCAAUUGAUGCUGCUGUUUCCAAGCUGCAUAAAGCCAUUAGAUGGCGUCAUGAAUUUGGCGUAUCAGACUUGUCAGAAGAGUCAGUUAAAAGUCUUGCUGAAACUGGAAAAGCAUAUGUGCAUGACAAUUUUGAUGUCUAUGGAAGGCCAGUCUUGGUAGUGGACGCAUCAAAGCAUUUUCCUCAGAAGCAGGAUCCUGAUGAAGAUGAGAAGUUAUGUGUCUUUCUAAUUGAGAAGGCAUUGAGCAAAGUUCCUGCUGACAAACAAGAUAUACUUGGUAUAUUUGAUCUGAGAGGGUUUGGCACAGAGAAUGCAGAUCUUAAAUUCCUUACGUUUUUGUUUGAUGUAUUCUACUACUAUUAUCCAAGGCGACUGGGUCAGGUUCUUUUUGUUGACGCGCCUUUUGUAUUCAAACCACUGUGGCGGUUUGUCAAACCCAUGCUCAAGCAAUACGCUUCAUUGGUGAGAUUUUGCUCAGAGAAGGACGUCAGGGAGGAGUAUUUUACCGAAGACACACUCCCAGCUAGCUUUAGAAAAUGAAGACAGGAGCAAUUGUUACACCAAUGCUUUGAUAUACAUAAAAAUGCUAGACUGGUACUUGGUACACAGAAUCUUUAUCCUAGAUAAUAAUGACAAGCUCGAUGUUGGAAUGGACUAAUGAACUAGUAUUCUAGGUGUUUCAAGAUUACAUGAAUGGUAGACAAUCUUUUCUAGAGACCCAGUUUAGAGUUAGGAUCAUUUACAACAACAAUGAUGGAAUCAAUAAUAGCUCAUACAAUGUAUACUUUUUUUGAUUCAUGUACAAUAAAAAUCACCUUAGAAGUUACUCUGA